ACUCUUACACUUUUUAAACACAGUUAUAUAAAUACUUGUAAAUUGCAGUAUCAUUUUAUAAUUUCAGUAAGCUUUUGCGUAGUCUAACGCAACGUAGUUUGAACGCACGAUUCGACGACAUUUAUUAUUAUUAUUCAAAUAGUUUAUUGAAUUACAUCGAAUAAGAUCAAAAUGUCUUUAAAUACCUCUCUUAUAGGAACAGAAAUUUUUAAAAUUUUUGCAUUUUGGGGUACUAUACUUGCUUUAAAAUUAAUUGCAAUGGUUCCAUUAACUGCAUAUUAUAGAUUUAAAAAUAAGACAUUUUCAAAUCCUGAAGAUGCUAUAACUCUAAAAGGAGCAAAAGUUGCUACCAAUGAUCCUGAAAUUGAACGUGUACGCAGAGCACAUUUAAAUGAUUUAGAAAAUAUUCUUAUAUGGUAUAUUGUUACAUUUGUCUGGUUAACUACAAAUCCUUCUGUAUGGUUAGCUUCACUCUUAAUCAGAAGCUUCGUAAUUGCUAGAAUUCUUCACACGUUAGUGUAUGCUAUAUUUGCAAAACAACCUCACAGAGCAAUAGUUUUUUUUAUAGGCUAUGCUACUACUUUAUAUCAAGCUGCUAAUACUUUAUUAUUUUACAUGUAAUUUCAAUAGUUUUUCUUUAUUAAAAAACGUACUUAAUCCAU